CAGGAUCUGUUGCUGACGGUGUCGCGACCCGUUUCUGUUCACAGGUAUCAGAAUGAGCUUCCAAAGAAGAUCAAAUCGCGCGGCAAGGACGCGCACCUCAAUCACGAAGAGCUGGUGCAAACGAUGAAGUGGAAGCAAAUACGCGGCAAAUUCUACCCCCAGCUGUCCUACUUGGUCAAAGUGAACACGCCCCGCGCGGUGAUGGCGGAGACGAAGAAGGCGUUCAAAAAGCUUCCGAAUCUCGAACAGGCGAUCACCGCUCUCUCGAAUUUGAAAGGUGUAGGCACCACGAUGGCGUCGGCCCUCUUGGCGGCGGCGUCGCCGGAGAAUGCACCGUUCAUGGCGGACGAGUGCCUGAUGGCGAUACCGGAAAUCGAGGGCAUCGAUUACACCACCAAGGAGUACCUCAACUUUGUCCAGCACAUUCAGAACACCGUCGAGAGGCUGAACAAACAGACGUCGAACGGGAAAACUUGGAGUCCCCACAGGGUGGAACUGGCGCUGUGGACCCACUACGUGGCGUCCGAGCUGAAGCCGGAGCUUCUCGACGGCAUUCCAGGCUCCACGGAGAACGGGAACUCUCAUCCGCCCAGCAACGGCGAGGCAACGGAGCCGUCGGACGACAGCAAUCAGGAAGUGGCGGUGAACGGUAAGGAGCCGGGCAGUAUUGAUCCAGCGGCCAUCGACGAGAACAGCACGACCACGUCCUUCACAGAGGACUCGAUGGAUAAACCGGCCACGCCGAUCACAGUCGCGGUUGCCAGCGAAGACACGAACGAUUCCCUCGCUACGAACGACAACGAGGACAGCAACAACACGCCGCGACCGACCGACAGCGAGGACACCGAGGACUCGCAAGACGUGCAGGAGCCGCCCACCAAGAAGAGUAAGAAGUGACCCACCACCAGUCAGGGAGCCACCAAUGCGAGCAACAACGUCAGCACCCUCGUGUCGGCUGCCAAUCUAACGCUGAUAGCAGCGAGGCGCUUC